CACAAAAGAAGAGCUUUUUUUGGCAUAUCCUCACAGAGAGAGAGAAGAAGAAGCUGACCGGAGAAGACGAAGCAAGUUCGAAACUUUCGUCUGUGAGUUUUACUUCCUUUCCUCCUUUACUCAUCUCCCACAUUAGCACGCUUAGUAUUCUCCAUCCUGAUCUUGAUUCCACCGCUAAAGUCUCGACCUUUUUGUACAGUCACUUGAGAUUUCGCAUUCAGGAAUCGAUUUACGGUGGUGGGUGUGUGAGUAAUGGACGGGAAGCUUCCUCAAGGAGUUGCUGUUCGUGGUGGAGCUUCUUCCUACGGAGGAUUCGAUCUUCAAGGCCCCCUGAGCCAGCAUCUCCAAGGUCUUCCCUUUACUAUGGUUUCAGGACAAACCUGUGGUCAUCACUUGUCUGAGCAGCAUAAAGGCGAAAGAGAGAGUGAUGAUGAUGAACAACCAAGUUUCAACGAGGAAGCAACUAAAGGGUCUCCAUGGCAGCGAGUGAAGUGGACUGAUAAGAUGGUGAAGCUGUUGAUAACCGCUGUGUCUUAUAUAGGUGAUGACUCGUCUAUGGAUGGUGGCGGUAGAAGAAAGUUUGCUGCUUUACAGAAAAAGGGCAAGUGGAAGUCUGUUUCUAAGGUUAUGUCUGAGAGAGGCUAUCAUGUUUCGCCUCAGCAGUGUGAGGAUAAGUUUAAUGAUUUGAAUAAACGUUAUAAGAAGCUUAACGAUAUGCUUGGUAGAGGAACUUCUUGUCAGGUUGUUGAGAAUCCUAAGCUUUUGGAUUCUAUUGGGUAUUUGAAUGAUAAGGAGAAGGAUGAUGUAAGAAAAAUCAUGAGUUCUAAGCAGUUGUUCUAUGAGGAGAUGUGUUCUUACCACAAUGGGAACAGGUUGCAUUUGCCUCAUGACUUUGCUUUGCAGCGCUCGCUUCAGGUUGCGCUUAGAAGCAGAGAUGAUCAGCAUCGAGUUGAGGAUCUUGAUGAUGAGGAUCAUGAUGGGGAAGGUGAUGAGCAUGAUGAUGAUGUUGACCAUGGGGAUUGUAGGGUUGUUGGUGGUCCUUUGAAGAGGGCGAGACAGAGCCAUAGCCAUAGCCAUGAAGGUGUUGAUCAUCAGGGCCAUGUGAAUUCUCUGGAAUGCAAUAAGGUCACUUUGGCUCUACCUCAAGGUGGGGCUGAGAGUGGGAGGUCAGCUUCUGUUCAGAAGCAGUGGAUUGAGUCUAGGACUCUCCAGCUAGAAGAGCAGAAGCUUCAGAUUCAAGUUGAAUUGCUGGAAUUGGAGAAACAGAGAUUCAGGUGGGAGAGGUUUAGCAAGAAAAGAGAUCAAGAGCUAGAGAGAAUGAGGAUGGAGAAUGAGAGGAUGAAACUUGAGAAUGAUAGGAUGGGACUGGAGUUGAAACAAAGGGUGCUGGGUGUUGAGUUAUAACGGAAUUAGCUUUUUGUGUUUUCUUUCUUUCUUGAUUGGUAUAUAGAGCUUCGCUAAAAUGAAGACUAGUUUUGUGUUAUUGUAAGCUUUUUUUUUUUGAUUGAAAUGAUCUCGAGACUUUGAUGUGAGAGAUCAUUGUGGUUGCAUGCAGUGAGGAAUGAUUUGUUUAGGAAAAGCACCUCUUGGUCACUUUCUUCAUCAUUCUGAUGUAUUAUUAUCUCUGACAUGUUAAUCCGAUUUUCCGAAUGUAACAAAUGUUUCAUUUUGUA